AGAAUGAGGAAAUGAAAACUACAACUGCACGAGGCAAAUGCACAGGGUAGCCAGGAAGAGUAGGAGGAAAUUUUCAAAUGCGGAAGAUAACUUUGAGAUCUGAACCAAACCGCGUUGACGUUGUCGCGCCUAUGAUUGAGAGGGAUUCCCCAUAACCUGAUUGCAGCUUCAGCACUUGGAACCUCUUGCGUCGGCCAGCAGGACAGGGGCAGUUUAAACGCACAAUCUCGAAAAACAAAUGGGAUUAAAUGCACCAUGAACUUUAAACGGAGUGGUCCGUGACAAAGAAGGAAUAGCCUCAUUGCUUUGGCAGCUCAGGGCAUCUGCACUGUGCACUGUUGUGUUUCACGACUGUUCUUGCCAAUGCCGAAAGAAAGGCGGAGGUCCUUAAGGGAGGUAGGGCUUUCCAGGUCUACAAGUUGCGACGGGUCAAGCAAAGAGCGCAAGCCUAAAGCGCCUGGGAUUUGUGAUGAACUGUUUCAGAUGGCGGAGCACAUUGGCUCAACAAGUGAACACGGGGAACUUCGCGGAGGUGGCGAGAGGACGUCGCUGAAGACCUGCCGUGUUCCCCAGGUGACCAUAACUCCGGAGGGCGAUGCAUGCCCGCGGGAGAUGAGGCUGGAGGAGUUCGAUCAGCCUAAUGGAACGCUAUGCAGAAAGCUGUCGAACUCGUCCAUCUCCUCCACGGGAUCUUCGACGGCUUUUGAAGAGUCAGAGGACGACAUUCUCAGUGACACCGAGACAAAGAGUAAAGGAAUCGUAACCCUAGAACAACUGGUGGACUCCGGAGAGCAAGCUAAGCCAUGGUGGAAACUGAAGACCAUAGUCCACCUGCCUUUCCUUGUCUCACAGAGAAAGCGUCUCUCCUGGGUGCAGCUCGCAGGCCACAAAGGCAGCUUCAAAGCGGGCAAUGAGGGCACCAUCCUGAAGAAGUUCAGUGACAAUGAGCGCCAGUGUUUCGAGCGGCUGCAGGGUGAUGUGCUGGCGGGCUUCGUGCCCUGCUACCACGGGGUGGUGGAGAGCGACGGGGAGCCCUUCCUGCAGAUGAGCGACCUGCUGGGCAACUUCCAGGGGCCCAACGUCAUGGACUGCAAGAUGGGAGUCAGGACGUACCUGGAAGGGGAGCUGGAGCGGGCGCGGGACCGGCCCAAGCUGCGGCGGGACCUGUACGAGAAGAUGCUGGAGGUGGACAGCCAGGCGGCCACAGCAGAGGAGCACGACCAGCGGGCCGUCACCAAGCCCCGGUACAUGCAGUGGAGGGAGACCCUCAGCUCCACACACACGCUGGGCUUCCGCAUCGAGGGUGUCAAGAAAGCAGACGGCACCUGUCGAACAGACUUCAAGAGAACGCGCUCGAAGGAGGAAGUCACUCAAGUCUUCAGGGAUUUCGUGGGAGGAAAUACCAGCACAAUCAAUGCAUACGUGAACAAACUCCGGGAGAUCCAAGAAGCCCUGAGCACGUCAGAGUUCUUCAAAAGGCAUGAGGUCAUCGGCAGCUCCCUCCUGUUCAUCCAUGACCACACGGGCCGCGCGGAGGUGUGGCUGAUCGACUUUGGCAAGACCACCCUGCUGCCUGAGGGCCAGACCUUGCAGCACUCCACGCCCUGGCAGGAGGGCAACAGAGAGGACGGCUACCUGUGGGGCCUGGACAACCUCAUCCACACGCUGGCCUCCCUCACCCAGGGCGGUUGACCUGUGACCUGCUCUGGGUUGUGUUUCUCAAAAGCGUAGUUGCUAGCCGGCUAGCCCCUUAGGUAGUUGCCAAUGGGACAUUGCAUUGCAACCGGCAAGGUAGCUAACGUAGUUAACAACUAUUGUUUAAAGAAAUGCACUGCUGACCUAUUGACCUAUCAGGUCCAUCCAGGGGUGACCUUUUUUUUCAGACUGAACUUAGAACUUUUGUUACCUACACUUUACACCACCAGCAAAAGGAUAUAUCUGUCCCAUCCUGCGUACUUCUGCUGAAAACACAAGUGUUUGCCAUUGCACACAAAGUGUUGCAUGCGCAGUGGCGACCAUGUAUUGUUGAUGCAGUAUUUGUAAAAAAUGUGUCAACGAACAAAAAGAAAGCACAAAAGCACAUGGCCAAAAAUCAGAGCCAAAACACCAAUAGUUUUAUGUGAAUGCAUUAUACAAAAUGUUUAAUGCUACCAUCCGCCAUUUCAGGUGUUUUAUAAAAGUGUAAUAGUUUUGUACACAUUUAGGUGAAAUCUUCUGAUGAUGCAUUGUGCUUUGCCUUUUCCUCAUCCACUGUUAAGAAACGGAUGAUGUCAAGUAGCCCUGAUGCUGAGAGCAAGAAACAAACGAUGUGACAACAGCAGGAUAGCCUCACUAAGGUGUUGAAAUUCUCAGAUGACAUUGGCCCGAGGGUUAAGCCAACUGUUAAACAUUUUUAUUUUAUUGACGGUUUGGAUUUUAAACUAGUUGUGUUGAACACGUCCGAGAGGAAAAUUGAAUUUCAACACGAACACAGAAACUGUGUUAUUAUAUAACAGUAUCGUUGAUAGCAUCUUUUAGCACCCUAAGUCCCUUUCCUUGGGAGAAAGUGUAUGUACAAACUAGAAGGCUGUGGCAACAAAGGCACACCAAUUGCAUUAUAAUGCAACACUAUGAAAUGAAGCCCACAUCCAAACUUGACUUCGCAAAUAAUAGUUUUAGAAGAUGUGUCUGUCUGCCCAUUGUGAGAGAACAGACGGCCUGUACAGACAAAGUAAAUAUCAAACUUCUUGGACUCGGUUUUCGUACACCCUUAUGCUAGGUGAGUUUUCUGCUGACAAGAGUCCAUUGUUAAAAAAACAGUAUAUACGUAUUAAGUCACUGUGAGUACUAAUAGCUGUUUUUGGACUACUGUAUUACAGUACAAAGUCAUUAAGCACACUUUUUUGUAACUUUUUUCAAAGUUCACAGCAAGACACUAUUGUGUUACCAGGGCAAGGUAUUGUCAUCUUGCAUGAAAUGUAAGUCUGUGUUUGUUAAUUUGUUUGUAGUAUAUGUGAAAGUUGACAUCUGUGAAAUAAUAAUUAAAAAAAAAACGUCAAA